AUGUCGAAUCCCAGGCCAUCAGCGGCAUAUUCUCAGUCCGAAGUCCUAUACACAACACAGCCAUUUCUAGUAUUGCCGGAUCUUCGAGUCCUUCCUGAACAAGAUGUUGACUUCCUCGAUCUCAAUCGGUGCUUUCACCUGCCUGUACGAACCGUUCAAGAAGAAUUCAUCAACCAGUACUUCCUGUACCUACAUCCCUACUAUCCGUUGGUAGAUGAGAAAGAAUUCUGGGAUAUGUACUUGGGGGAAGAGAGUAGCGACGAAAAAGUGAAACCCAUGUCCCUGCUCGUUUUCCAAGCGAUGCUUUUCGCAGCAUCAGCGUUUGUAUCGCCCGUAGUACUCAAGAAUGCCGGAUACACAAACGUGAAGGUAGCACGGAAUAUCUUCUAUAGAAGGGCCAAGCUAUUGUUUGACCUUGGGGUCGAGAGUGAUGCAUUCACCAAAUCCCAGGCAGCCUUACUCUUGACGUUCCAGUUCUCAGCUCUAGAGCCGCACGCAGGAAGCACCUGGCUUGCUAUCGCUAUUCAAAAUGCCAUCGUUGCCCAAGCUCACAAUUUCCAAGCUCCCGGUUCAAGUAUAUCGCGCAAGAAGAGCAACAAGAGACUUUGGUGGUCUCUAUUCUGGAGAGACAGAGUUUUGACCCUCGGUCUUCGAAAGCCUCUACAGAUAACACCUUCAAGCUUUAAUGUCACUUUAGAUCCGAUCAUCCCCGAGGAUCUUGCCGAUGAAGCAGAGAGUUCUGCUGUGUAUGACGCUAGGACGAAGCGUCAGCUAGCAAACAUCAUAAACUUCCAAUGUCGUCUGGCAGUUAUUCUGACAGACACUCUUUCGAUUUGCUAUGGUCCGAACGCGUUCGAUAUCACAUACUCAUUAGACAAUUUUGAAAAGACCCUAUCUCAAAUCAGGACCGCCAAAAGUAACCUCACCCGUUGGAAGAAAGAGGCAGACAAAGCUCUCCAUCCAUUUCUCAGUGGCACCGGGGCUCACCGAUCGACGACGCUUAUAUCAAGCGUUGUAUUCAUAUAUGCUUACGCUGCUCAAAUUGCUCUUGGGAAUCAUGAGGCUAUGAUGAUCGAGCAGCGACAGAAAGGAGUGAAUAUCAUUGACGACACUGUACUCCGGAAUAUCGGCAAGGACAUAAGUUAUGCGACCACAGAAACAACGAAACUAGUGGGUUUUAUCGUUCAAGAAGGGUUAACUCAACACCUUCCUAUAUCUGCUAUUGCUUAUAUUGCAUAUCCGCUUAUGCUGAGCUCCAUUGAUGAGAGAAUAGCACCCAAGGACCUCGAAAGUGACGAAGAUCAGCUGUUAACGAGAUAUCACGCACAAGCAAUGCACUUGUGUAGUAAGCGUUUUGAGGGUGCCGAAGAUAUCAGUAGAAUGAUCACACAAAUCGUUCAAUCAACGCCCAUUCAGCUUCCACUGCGCCCUCACUCGAAACCACCAGGGCGUCGACAGUCGUCAGGAGGAGAGGGCGCUUUAUCACAGCCUGCCAAGAGUCUUACGAAGUAUUGGGACGAGCUGUUUAUCACACGCCAAUACAUGCGCCUUCGACUUUCUCUCGACUAUGCCUUGAUCACCGGCAGACCACCAACAGAACUGGACCUACCGACAUCUAUUCUCCACGACGCGGGAAUGAAGAGGUUGGCCUACGGACCAAUACACAACUUGUCUGCGACAACUCUGUACACGCCUCGGAAGCGUCGAGCAUCUGAAAGUGUUGCUGGUCUGCCGAGGGUCAUUGAGCUGGACGAAAAACUAUCGGACGAUGAAGGACAAGCGGAGCAUAUUGAGAUAUCGGAUGACCUGACCGCACUUAGCACUCAAAUCGUACAGAGGGAGGCGAACAGUGUAUCAUCUCGGUCACAUUUUGACUAUGAUGCAAUUUGGGCGGCGAAUUUGUUCGAAGAGAUUACGGAUGUACUUUGGGCUUGA